CAAGAUUGAAAGUUAACACAAGCUAAUAUAGUAACAGAAAUGAGAAUCUUUACAUUGAUUAACAGCAGGAUUAGUCGUUAGAUGGCUUUUCUUGUGACCCAAAAUGAGAAGAAUGUGCUAAGGGUCUAAACACCAAAAGAAUUGAAACCAUUAACAAAGUUAAUGAGAAAAAAGAAAAACAGGGUUCUGCAAAUGUCCAUAACCAAAUUAACUACUGUCACCACCAACCAACUCUCCUUCCAACGAUUGGCAUUCAUGAAACAACCAACCACCAUAAUUACCACCACAAGAGGACAUUGUAAAGGACCCUUCCAUCCUUUCUGAUAUUUGAUAUUUCAAGCCUCAAGAUACCAUCUCCAUAAGACUCUCUCCUGCCUUCUUCUUCUUUGACAUCUCUUCUUUCUCAAUCUAUAAUGCCUCAAAACCUAGGAAAAUGGAUGUUUUUUAUUGUUUCAAGCUAUCUAGCCUUCAAUGUUGUCUCGUCCUCAAAAAAUCCAUUGACCAGAAAGACUUACAUUAUUCAGAUGGACAAGCAUGCAAAGCCAGAAUACUUCUCUAAUCACUUUGAUUGGUACUCCUCCAAAGUACAAUCGGUACUGUCUACACCUGAAAAUGAAACCAAUGAAUCUGAUAAUGAAGAGAGAAUAAUUUAUAGCUAUCAGACUGCUUUUCAUGGUGUUGCUGCAAAGUUGAGUGAAGAAGAAGCAGAGAGGCUAGAGGAAGAAGAUGGUGUGUUAGCCAUCUUUCCAGAGACUAUAUAUCAAUUACACACGACAAGAAGCCCCAUGUUCCUUGGACUAGAACCAGAAGACAGCACAAGCGUCUGGUCUGAAACAAUUGCAGAUCAUGAUGUUAUAGUAGGAGUGCUGGACACAGGAAUUUGGCCGGAGAGUGCCAGCUUCAAUGACACAGGCAUGACUCCAGUUCCUGCUCAUUGGAAAGGAAUUUGUGAGACAGGCCGAGCUUUUCAAAAGCACCAUUGCAACAGAAAAAUUGUCGGUGCAAGAGUAUUUUACAAAGGAUAUGAAGCUGCUACAGGAAAAAUCAAUGAGCAAAAUGAGUAUAAAUCUCCAAGAGAUCAAGAUGGUCAUGGGACUCAUACUGCAGCCACUGUUGCUGGGUCCCCUGUACAUGGUGCAAAUCUACUAGGCUAUGCUUACGGAACAGCAAGAGGAAUGGCACCUGGUGCAAGAAUUGCAGCUUACAAGGUUUGCUGGGCCGGUGGAUGUUUCAGCUCAGAUAUUCUGUCAGCAGUUGAUAGGGCAGUGGCUGAUGGAGUGAAUGUGAUAUCAAUUUCUUUAGGCGGAGGAGUUUCAUCUUACUAUCGUGAUAGCUUGUCCAUAGCCGCAUUUGGGGCAAUGGAGAUGGGCGUCUUUGUUUCUUGCUCCGCUGGAAAUGGAGGACCUGACCCUGCCAGCCUCACAAAUGUGUCACCAUGGGUCACCACCGUUGGCGCUAGCACCAUGGACAGAGAUUUUCCAGGCACUGUCAAUCUGGGAACAGGCAGAACUCUAAAAGGUGUUUCGCUCUAUAAAGGCCGGAGGACUCUGUUGACAAACAAGCAAUAUCCUCUGGUAUAUAUGGGCGAUAAUUCUAGCAGCCCUAGCCCAAGUUCUCUGUGCUUGGAAGGAACUUUGAAUCCUCAUACUGUUGCUGGAAAGAUUGUGAUAUGUGACCGUGGUAUUAGUCCAAGGGUACAAAAGGGACAGGUGGCUAAAGAUGCAGGAGCAGUAGGCAUGAUUUUAUCAAACACAGAAGCAAAUGGAGAAGAACUGGUUGCAGAUUGUCACCUACUUCCAGCAGUUGCGAUCGGGGAGAAAGAAGGAAAAUUGAUCAAACAUUAUGCUUUAACUGCAAGGAAUGCGACUGGAACUCUAGCUUUUCUGGGUACUAAGGUGGGAACUAGGCCAUCUCCAGUAGUGGCAGCAUUUUCAUCAAGAGGACCAAACUUGUUGAGCCUUGAGAUUCUGAAGCCUGAUGUCAUUGCUCCAGGCGUGAACAUAAUUGCUGCCUGGACGGGCGACACAGGUCCAUCAAGUUUGCCGACAGAUCGCCGAAGGGUGAAGUUUAACAUACUCUCUGGAACUUCCAUGUCAUGCCCGCAUGUUAGUGGAAUUGCUGCAUUGCUCAAGGCUAGGCACCCAGAAUGGAGUCCAGCUGCAAUAAAAUCUGCUCUAAUGACAACAGCUUAUGUUCAUGAUAAUACCCAAAAGCCUUUGCGAGACGCCUCGCAAGAUGUUCCUUCCAGUCCAUAUGACCAUGGUGCAGGGCAUAUAAAUCCAAUGAAAGCUCUUGACCCAGGUUUGAUUUAUGACAUUGACGCACAGGGUUACUUUGAAUUUCUAUGCACACAAAGGCUAUCACCGACGCAGCUUAAAGUUUUUGGCAAGUAUGCAAACAGAAAAUGCCAAAAAUCUCUAGCAAGUCCAGCAGAUUUAAAUUAUCCAGCUAUUUCAGCUGUUUUCCCAGACAACACAUCCAUUUCAAUUGUCACCCUUGGAAGAACUGUUACCAACGUUGGCCCUCCAGUUUCAACAUACCAUGCAGUUGUCUCCAGAUUCAAAGGCGCAACUGUUAAAGUUGAGCCAAAAACCCUGCAUUUCACCACCAAAAACCAAAGAUUAUCUUACAAGAUUAUCUUCACCACAAAAUCUCGGCAAAUGAUGCCUGAGUUUGGGGGAUUGGUAUGGAAGGAUGGAGUUCGCAAAGUAAGAAGCCCCAUUGUACUCACAUGGUUGUCACCAAUAUAAAUUUGCCGCUUGAUUCAACAUUGUUCCUUAAUAAUCAAUGUGUUCUGUUAAGAGCUAGGGAUGCUCACUCAUUCUUAUUAACAGCAAUGCAAUUUCUUUCUUCCGUCUUGAGAUCCAUCCCCAGAUAAUAGAACAGUUCAAACUUUCACUUCAA